UGAACCGCCGAAUCCGAAACUCUUGUGAGGAUAGGCGGUGUUUACAUGCCGUACAGUCGGACUAUCUGGAGAACUCGACACAUCAGACAGAGAGACGUACGUCGGAGAGAAGUCGCAUUGGUGUGUAGGGACAGUAGCCUCGUUCAGUCAGAACCGGCGAGCAGCCGUGGCAGGGAUCGAAGACGAAAGGAGACCCCGGCGGCUUCUGGAGCGAAGGACUGGCUCAACAUGAAGCACUGGGCAGUGGUGGCCGAACGUGAAUUGAAACAGGAGCUGAAUCAAGGCGACUGCACGGGAAUGGACCGCGACUGGACUUUAAACAGCCCCGAGGGUCUGAGCGCAGCGGCCUCGGCGCCACCGCACGGGGAAAAGGACACAACCAGCAGAAGAAACGGUCACUCUGAGCUCACUUUCCAAGAGAUGGGCCAUGUUGACUUGGGUCAGUUAGAGCUGGACAGUGAGGAUACGCGGACAGUUGCGUAUGCAGCCAUUUUGAAAUCAGAGGAGGGUAUCCCUGAGCAUCUUUCCAGUUACAUUAAGCAAGAGGAUAGUCAGGUGGAUUCUUCUAGGAUUUCAGCCAUUAAUAUGGGACAGGGAUUCCUCGAUGCCAAGGAGGAGGCAUUCCUCAGUGUUAAAGAGGAGGCCGCGGAAGUUGAACUUUCUGCAAUUAUUAAAAAGGAAGUGCUUGAGCUGGAGUCUGCAGAGGAAGGUAAAUUCACUGUAAUGGACAAUAACCAAGAAGGAUCUCUUAAUGGAAAUGCAUCAUUUAUUCAACAAACAUGUGGGCAUGCAGGUGAAGCAAGUUUAGACAAUUAUUUUAUACAGAGAGAAAGUACGGAAAAUCUGCAGCAGCUCCAGGUAUUCAGUAAGCUUCAUCUACAUAAUGACAGCGCAAAGGUGUUUUAUGGUCAGGCAGUGAGGCUUCGACAGCACCAGAAAAUCCACACAAGUGGGAAAGCCAUCCAGUGUAAUGAAUGUGGAAAGACUUUUAAUAAAGCGUCAAACCUUAAGUGUCAUUUUAUGAUUCACACGGGACAAAAACCGUACAAGUGCAGUGAAUGCGGAAAGACUUUCAGUGACGCAACAAACCUGAAGUGUCACCAGAGGAUUCACACGGGGGAAAAGCCUUACCCGUGUACCGUGUGUGGAAGGAGUUUCCGACAGAUUGUGGGCCUCAAACAACACCUGAGAAUUCACACCAAAGAAAAACCUUACCAGUGUCACGAAUGUGGAAAGACUUUCAGGCAAGCGUCAAUCCUUAAACAACAUCAGAGAAUUCACACAGGGGAAAAACCUUACCAGUGUACCGAAUGCGGAAAGCGUUUUAGUAAAGCAUCAAACUUGAAGUGUCACAGGGUAAUCCACACUGGGGAAAAGCCAUAUCAGUGUGCUGAAUGUGGAAGGAAUUUUAGUAAAGCAUCAAACCUGAAGUGUCACCAGGUAAUUCAUACAGGCAAGAAACCAUACCAGUGCACAGAAUGUGGAAAGACGUUCAGACAAGUUGUAGCCCUGGGACAACACCAGAAAAUUCACACCUGUGGGAAAAAAUACCAAUGUGACGAAUGUGGAAAGAGUUUUGGCAAAGCGUCCAACCUCAAGUGUCACCUGGUCAUUCACACUGGAGAGAAGCCCUACAAAUGCACUGAAUGUGGAAAGACUUUCAGUGAUGCAGCAAACCUGAAGUGUCACCAGAGGAUUCACACGGGAGAAAAGCCUUACCCGUGUACUGAGUGUGGGAAGGCUUUCCGGCAGGUCGUGGGUCUUAAACAACAUCAGAGAAUACACACCAGAGAAAAACCUUACCAGUGCAACGAAUGUGGAAAGACUUUCAGGCAGGCUUCAAUUCUUAAACAGCAUCAUAGAGUUCACACGGGGGAAAAACCUUACCAGUGUAAUGAAUGCGGAAAGACUUUUAGUAAAGCGUCCAACUUGAAAUGUCAUCAGGUGAUUCACACUGGGGAGAAACCAUACCCGUGUGCAGAAUGCGGAAAGAAUUUUAGUAAAGCAUCAAACCUUAAGAGCCACCAGAUCAUCCACACAGGUGAAAAACCGUACCAGUGUAAGGAGUGUGAGAAGACUUUUAGGCAAGUCAUAGGCCUAAGACAACACCUGAAAAGUCACACCAGAGAAAAACCUUUCCAGUGCACUGAAUGUGGGAAGAGUUUUAGCAAAGAGUCGAACCUGAAGACUCACCAGGUCAUUCACACAGGAGAAAAGCCCUACAAAUGUACCGAAUGUGGAAAGACUUUCAGCGACUCGGGAAACCUGAAGUGUCACCGGAGAAUUCACACGGGUGAAAAACCGUAUCCGUGUGCUGAAUGUGGGAAAAGUUUCCGACAGGUCGUGGGCCUUAGACAACAUCAGAGAAUCCACACCAAAGAAAAACCCUACCUUUGUAACGAAUGUGGAAAGACCUUCAGACAAGCCUCAAUUCUGAAACAACAUCAAAGGGUUCACACGGGAGAGAAACCUUACCAGUGUGGUGAAUGUGGAAAGAACUUUAGUAAGGCAUCCAACCUGAAGUGUCACCUGGUAAUUCACACAGGAGAGAAGCCAUACCAGUGUGCUCACUGUGGAAAGAAAUUUAGUAAAGCGUCCAAUCUGAAGUGUCACCAGAUAACACAUACUGGGGAAAAACCGUACCAAUGUACGGAAUGUGAGAAGACUUUCCGGCAAGUCAUAGGUCUCAGGCAACACCAGAAAAUGCACGCCAUAGAAAAACCAUAUCAGUGCAAUGAAAGCUGAAAGACAUUUUCAGGCAGUCUACAGAAACCAGUACCAUCAAUUAAUUCACACAUGGAGAAAAUCGAUAGAAGUGAACUGAAUAUGAAAAGACUCUAAACGAUGCAGGAACCCAGAGGACCACCAGAAUGUUCAUAUAAGUACACCAGUGUACUGAAUGUGGAAGAACAUUUACUGGAGUUCAAGUCGUAAGCCCCAGUGGAGUAUGCAUGCAGGCAAACCCCAGCAAUGUGUUGUAUGGAAGAUGGACAUCUAAAAAUGCACACCUAAGGCCUACUUUGAUGUCCAGUAGGAGGAUUAAAUGAAUCUAAAGAUUAGGUUUCACAAUAUCGCUUGACAGCCAUGACUGUAGUCUUCAUGUGGGGGAGCUGAAUUAUAUUUAUGCCAGUUAUCACUAAUGCAAGACUUGGUGUACAAUGUGAGCACAGACCAAGACAGAAGCUGAAACUUGGGUAAAGUGUGUCCACUUGAAUAAGAGCAGUUAACAAGGCUGAGUAGAGAAUCCAGUGUCCUGUUAGACCAAGAUGGAAGAUGUUCAUCCAUGACUUGAUAGAAAGCAGUGGAAGAACUAAGCACAUCUUGCAUAAGGUAGUGAAUUUCUUACUAAAGAAUAUGCCAGAAGAACCCGUUAAGAGUG